AUGGUUUCCGGUCAGCAACACGCUGGCACCCACGACACACGCUUGGCCCCUAUCGAUACCCAGAACCCUGACCUGAUCGGGCGCACAACUCCAAAGGUCGAUGACAUCCUGCUUACUCUUCACAAUGUUUCGGAUCUCGGUCAAGAAACAGUCCACCCCACCAAGUGUAGCGGCCAAUCGACAUUCUCCGGAAGACGUCUGUAUUUGACUGAAUACAGUUCCUUCACCUUGAAACUAGCAGCUGCAGGCGGAAUCCAUCUGUACGAAUGGAGCCUCGAUGGGCAUAGCCGCGUUCGGUGUAAUCCCUUAGAUCAAAGUUGGCCUGCCGAAAGGAUUGAAUGUGCUCUCGCAUCGUCCAAGUCCAUCAUGGAAUCUGAGUCCUUGAAACUCCUGGGCCCUUUGCGUGGUUCUGACCCGCCGACGUUCGAGAGUAGUUUUAGCUGGCUGCUUUACACGCCUCUUCGCUAUCAGAUCGGUUUCUCGAAGACGCAGCCGGACUGUCGAAGUGGAUACGGUUCGUGUGAGCAAUUGGUUGGCCUUGUUUGUGGCUUCAACGGCAGCCUUGAGGACUCUCCAUUUCAAGUUGAUCUUGAGGUUUUCCACAGUUUAGAGUACUUCUAUAUCACUGAGCUCUACCGAGUUUCCGGAUUCCACCGCUCACCGUUGAACUAA